AUGGCGGCCUCAUGUUUCCAUGCACUUGGUCUUCGAAAGUCAAAGAGCAAGUCUUUACCAAACCCUUCCUCGUCGAGACCCCAGUUCAAUUCUGACAUGGACAGCAUGGAGAGGAAGAGAUUUGAUAGUUUGGACUCAUGGUCUAUGAUAUUGGAGUCGGAAAAUGUGGAAACUUGGGAGGUGUCAAAGGAGGACCAGGAGGAGUGGACUGCUGAUCUUUCUCAGCUGUUUAUUGGCAACAAGUUCGCGUCUGGAGCACAUAGUCGGAUUUAUCGUGGAAUCUACAAGCAGAGAGCUGUUGCUGUGAAAAUGGUGAGAAUUCCAACCCAGAGGGAGGAGACCAGAACCUUACUUGAGCAGCAAUUUAAGUCUGAAGUUGCCCUGCUUUCACGUCUCUUUCAUCCCAACAUAGUGCAGUUUAUUGCGGCUUGUAAAAAGCCCCCUGUGUACUGUAUCAUCACGGAAUAUAUGUCACAAGGAACGCUGAGGAUGUAUCUCAACAAGAAGGAGCCAUACUCUCUUUCAACAGAAACAAUACUGAGGUUAGCUCUUGACAUAUCCCGAGGAAUGGAGUAUCUUCAUUCUCAAGGGGUGAUCCACAGGGACCUCAAAUCCAAUAACUUGCUUCUUAAUGAUGAAAUGAGGGUUAAGGUGGCAGAUUUUGGUACAUCGUGUCUUGAAACACAAUGCCGGGAAACCAAGGGAAACAAGGGAACUUACCGUUGGAUGGCACCGGAGAUGAUCAAGGAGAAACCUUGUACUCGGAAGGUUGAUGUUUAUAGUUUCGGGAUUGUGUUAUGGGAGCUGACAACAGCUUUGCUUCCCUUUCAAGGAAUGACCCCUGUGCAGGCUGCAUUUGCUGUGGCUGAAAAGAAUGAACGCCCUCCAAUGCCGGCUAGUUGUCAACCGGCGCUUGCGCACCUGAUCAAGCGCUGUUGGGCAGCAAACCCUUCGAAGCGGCCGGAUUUUAGUGACAUUGUGUCUGCUUUGGAGAAGUAUGAUGAGUGUGUGAAGGAGGGCCUUCCUCUGACGCACCAUUCCGGGCUGGUGAGCAGAAAUGUUAUCGAACGCUUGAAAGGCUGUGUAUCCAUGAGCUCCUCUUCUGUACCUGUACAAGCCUAA